UUUUAAACUGUCAAAAUUGCUUUUGUUUUUGAAACCGCGAAAUCCUUUUACAAAUCUAAAUCCUUUUUCAACCAAUUCACAAUCAUCUACCGGAUAGCUAAUCAUGAGCGCAUCGCCAUCAGCGAACAAGAUGCAGCGACGGAAGUCCCGGGGCACCCGGAACCUGUUGGAGGAUAACUCCAAGUUUCUGGCCAAUUUCGAUCCCGGAGUUUCAAGGCGCGAAAAGCGGAAGCUGGCCCAGAGUAUUCCCUUGCCUCAGACGGAACCCAGAAACCGGAAAUCGAGCCUGUACAACGAACAGGGAUGGCUGAGAGAGAACAGAAGGAACUUGUGCGACUGCCUGGACUUUACCUGCCCCGGAUGCCACUUCCCUUGUCCGUCCUGCGAUAGUCCGAUGUGUGGUCCCGUCUGUCGCCGGAACCGACGCUGGAUGUACGAGCAGAUUGUCCACGAUUCAAAGGAGAAGAUCAUCACGAACGAACUGAUCAAGAAGAACGCCCCGCAGCAAACGCUUCCGGUGAAGAAUUAAUUGUUUAUUUCCAGGGGGUUUUCGCGUAACUCUACAUUAUACGAUAGUUCAUAAAUUAAAUGGAUCUCGCCACGUCA